AUGAAAUCUUUUGUCGCAGUACUUUGCCUGGUGGCAUGUGUGGCAGCUGAAGAAAAAGCACGCGAGAAGCGCGGCUACCUCGGAGGUCUGCACUCCGGUGGCUUAGGAAGCGGCUUGUCGCUCGGCGGUGGUUACUCUGCCCGAGGCUCUCGGCUCAAGCGGCUACUCUGCGCCCUCAGCUCAGCUCGUCACCGUCAACAAAGUUGUGAACGUCCCUAA